GACAUGUGUAUCUAUUUUGGAAUAAUAAAGAUGUAAAUUAUAUCAUUUAAUUAUCAGAUAACUUGAAAAAUAUAUUAUGUUUUGGAGAAAAAACAAGCUAGCUGUGUCGCUUUGCCCGAAAGAAGAGGGCAGUGGCGCAGUCCCGGGGCUCAAUCCAAAUUAAAAACAUUCCAAGACUGAAACUACACAAUUCAAAAUGACUUUGCUAGAUAAAAUACCGGAUAGUGAAUGGUUUUUCUGUUUUCCCAUGUCAUUUGCCGUUUUCUGCAUAACAGUGCUUGGUAUUAUCCACCCGUUCCUGUGGAUCAAGAUCAUGAAGGUAUACCGCAGCGAGCUGUUCGUGUUCAUGUAUGUUCUCAUCGUGUUCUGGGCCGUGCUGAGCGCGGCGCUGCUCUACGCCAUAUUCGCGGAAUCGCACUGCAUCUACGCGUUCUGGAUCUGGUACACGAUAGUGUUCGCCGUAGUGAUGGCGGGCCUGAUGUUCCUCCUGUUUUGCGGGUUCUGUGUGUUGGCCAUGCGCCGCAAGUCUGUCGUGGCGUUGGUUGCCGUCAUCUAUUAUUUAGUGACCCUGUACUUCGUGGUAGUAGUAAACAAACAGCGUAAGGAGGUGUUCGGGCUGGAGGCGACGUGUGGCUCGUGUGCCAUCAAACACGUGUGGCAGAGCCAAGGAAAAAACACACUCGAUCAAAAGCAGAUGCCUAAUAUCUCAACCACGGUGUAUACAGUUUAUACAACUAUGAGGAACGACAAUAACGUACAGGGUGAGCAAAAUAGUCCCGAAUUAUAA